CAGAGGCGAAGGGAGCGAGCUGGGGAGAGCCAGACAAGUUUGAGGGGAGGACGGGCGCGAGGCAGGCGGCCCCCGAGGCUCCGCUCGCCCACCGCCCAGCCCUUCCUCUCAGCUCCUCUGCUUCUCCCGCUGCCCUUGCCUUCUCCCCACACCCCCACACCCCGAAAAUCUCCUGUUUAGCCAAAGGAAGGAGGUAAAGGGAACUUUUCCCCCCUCCCCCUCAAAAAAAAAAAAAAAAAAACUUUUUCAGUCCGGAGAAAGUAGGAGAAGCAGGGGUCUCCCGGCUGGCCAUGGAGCUGCUGUGCUGCGAGGUGGACCCGGUCCGCAGGGCCGUGCCGGACCGCAACCUGCUGGACGACCGCGUUCUGCAGAACUUGCUCACCAUCGAGGAACGCUACCUUCCCCAAUGCUCCUACUUCAAGUGCGUGCAAAAGGACAUUCAGCCCUACAUGCGUAGGAUGGUGGCCACCUGGAUGCUGGAGGUCUGCGAGGAGCAGAAGUGCGAGGAGGAGGUCUUCCCGCUGGCCAUGAACUACCUGGACCGCUUCCUGGCCGGAGUGCCCACUCCCAAGACCCACCUGCAGCUGCUGGGCGCCGUCUGCAUGUUCCUGGCCUCGAAGCUCAAGGAGACCAUCCCGCUGACGGCGGAGAAGCUGUGCAUUUACACCGACAACUCCAUCAAGCCCCAGGAACUCCUGGAGUGGGAACUGGUGGUGCUGGGCAAAUUGAAGUGGAACCUGGCGGCCGUCACCCCCCAUGACUUCAUUGAGCACAUCUUGCGCAAGCUGCCCCAGCAGAGGGAAAAGCUGUCCCUGAUCCGCAAGCACGCUCAGACCUUCAUUGCGCUCUGCGCCACCGACUUCAAGUUCGCCAUGUAUCCGCCGUCGAUGAUUGCAACUGGAAGCGUGGGGGCAGCCAUCUGCGGGCUCCAGCAGGACGAAGAAGUGAGCUCGCUCACUUGCGAUGCCCUGACCGAGCUCCUGGCCAAGAUCACCAACACAGACGUGGAUUGCCUGAAAGCCUGCCAGGAGCAGAUUGAGGCCGUGCUGCUCAGCAGCCUGCAGCAGUUCCGUCAGGAGCAACGCGACGCAGCCAAGACCGAGGACGAACUGGACCAAGCCAGCACCCCUACGGACGUGCGGGACAUCGACCUGUGAGGCUGCCUGGAGGGCCGCGCGCGGGAGAGGCACGCUCGCCAUCUGUGCUCUCCUCUCUGGUCAUGUUUGCGUUUUUUUGUGUUUUAGGAUGAAACUUUAAUGGGAAAAAAAAAAACCUGUCCCCUCUCCCCCAUGUUAGAGCAAUAUUUAAAGAUCUGUUAGAAGUGAGAGAAAAGAGAAAAUGGUCCUAUCAAAAUAGCAUCAUUAAAAGCGUUUGGUGACUAUUCAGAAGUACAACAUAAGGGAAACCCUUGUAUAUGCGAACAGGUGUUGUGGGACUGUGUCAGACUAGGAGCAGUGCUUACCGGAAACCCUGCGGAGUAGCUAGAGAAUCUGUCCGUACGCCUGCAAUGCGGGAACAAAUUAGAAGAGACUCUCGGUCGGUCCUGUUAUGAGCUAGCGCAUCCACACCCCUCUCAGUUGCAUUUCAAGGAACUUGUGUACGCCAUUUAUGGCAUGAUUAGAUUGCCAAGCAAUGAACUCAACAAGGAAUUAGGAAUUGGGGUGGGAGGGUGGGGAGCGUGGUGGGGAGGGAGUACCCGAAACAAUCUCAUGACUGAACCGUGUUGGAUGGGAGAAGCACCCCCAAGUCACUAACAGGGGGGACUCUCCACCAGGUGUCACACCCCUGCGGUGGCUGCUCGCCAGGCACAGGUGGCUCCCCUCCUGAGUCUGGUGCUGGGUGACACCCCCUGCUUCUCCCGAAUACCGCACCGCGUCAUUACAUAAUAGAGAAACACAGCUUUGGGCCGUAACCAAAAGGCAGAGGGUGGGAUGUAGAACGGGAAUUUUUUUUUUUUUCUCAAAUCUUUAACUAUUUCAAAGAGGGUCAAGUGGCAUCCCCUUAGUAGGAUUUUUUUUUUUUUUUUUUUUUGGUGCUGAUUGGCAUGUCUGGUCCACAGUCGAGCAUUGUUAUAAACCAUUCCAUUCGAAAAGCACUUUGAAAAUUUGUUCCCGUGGGUUUGAUGGGAUGGUUUAUGCAAAUCAAGCUGAAUUGUCUUUUCCCCCUUUCUGGCCCCCCUUCCCACCAUGUCCCAGUUGGGGUGCCCCUUUCCUAUACCGGUCUCAGUCCUGGGGUUCCCCAGCCAUCCCCCCUGACAUUCCCGUCACGACAUUCCUCAGACAGGCCCACCAGCACAGCUCUGGGACCCUCUGGAUGGUGCAGAAGGAUCUUCCUCCUCUUCUAUUCCAGCUCUUCUCGGGACGCAGAGAGAAGAGUGUGUGCUGGUACCCAGACAGACAGCCGAGCACACGAGUGUGCCAUCCGCUGCCUUCUCCAUUGCGUUUCACUUCACUGCAAAGUUGUAUUCAGCGUACUUGAACAUGUUGGGGUUUUUUGUUUGUUUCCUCUCCACUUCUUAGAGGCAUUCGGUUAGCAGAGAGGUUGGAGCAUUGCCUUUUUUUUUUUUUUUUUGCACAAUGGUAAUUGACAGGUGAUGAAGCUAUUACAAUGUUUGCCUCUUUUUUUAAGUGAAAAAGAAAAACAUCAGAACAAGGCUAUGUUGAAGAGUUAUUUUAUACAUAGAUUGUCUUGUUUCGUAGGAUGAGGGUUGAAGACGGAGAAAAAUCUAAGGUCUCUUAUUUUCAUUUUAUUUUGUUCAUUUUUUUUUUAUUAUUAUUAUUUCUUUUUUGCGCUGCUAAGAAGCGGAGAUCGUCCUUUUCUCACAUUAACAGUACCUAGCUGUAAUGUUUUCACCGAGUGUGCUGCUAUUUUAUAAACAUUUUUAUAAUAUAUUAUUUUACUGCUUAAAUUCCAAGUCCUGAAGUAGGUGGUUAAGAUACAAGUUUCUUCAUACUGGAAAAGCCCUCCUUUGUAUGUUUUCUUCCGGUAGCAAAUUCAUGGUUAGUUUGGGGGUUUCUUUUUCUCUUCCUUAUUUCCUCCCCGCCCCCCUUCUGGUCACAUUCUUCUGACAGUGCAUUCUUUACCUCAGGUUUACUGGACAGAAUUAAUAACUACAAAAAGACAGCGACUUGCAUACCUCACAGCUCACACUUUUCUAGUCGGGAGGCAGGCAGGUGCGCCGGAGGCAGGCUGGAUGUGGCCCGGACUCAGAAACCUGGCCGUGCUUAAAGACUGUCAGGCUCCCAUUCUAGCUCCGGUGUGCUCCUCAUGAUGAAAACAAAAAUGUAUUGAACCAAGGGACACCCCCCCCACACACACACACACACACACGCACGGGCUUUUUCCUCCCCUGCAAGGUGCGUAACUCGGAUAUUGUACCCAAGUAGAUGAGGGAAUGAUGGUUUGCGCUGUGGGGAGCCUGCUGGCAGGUUGCAGGGCAGGGGUAGAGGGGUGCUGCUCCCACGGGCUUCUGCACCUGUGCAGGGUUCAUGCACUGCACGCUGCCUGCCCCUCUGUGUCUGUCUGUCUCCAUCCUGGCACAGAUCUCACCACCCUGUGUCCCGUCUGCGGCUUGAGCGCUUGGCGGGCAGGCUGGGCUUCCUCAUUCCAGCUCUAUCUUCCAGCCGCGGCAGGCAGGGCUAGGACCCGUGUGGUUUUCGGGGUUAGCACGGAAGGAUAAGACGGGAGAUAGGGCUGCAGAGUGGCCUGGAGGGGCCCACUUCUCUGCGGAGGCGAGAUCCCAGCCUUAGAAGUCAGGUCUUCUCAGGAAAGUGUGGUGCCUAGGUAGCAGGAGUGGCUCGAGUUUGAGAGAGGAAGGUUGAGCAGCUGGUAUUGAUGGAGAGCUUUGGGAAGAUGAUGCACUGGGUAUGUUCCCUGAGUGGGGACCAGCCCAGGAGCAUAGGCAGAGGCUGACUCCUGGGGUGAGCCGUGGCCCCCUGCUGCCGCUGCUGCAGUCCUAGCUUCCUCCCUUCCUUCCAGCAGCCUCCCAUGGUGUCGUGUCUUUUCUAGCUUUUUCUCCUUCCCAUCCACAUGGGGUGGCCGAGGUGGGGGUGGGCUGGCUUUUCUGCCCAUUUCCUCAAAAGAAAAACCCUAAAUUUUCUCGAGGGUCAGUUGCCCUCUCCGUGGGCCUUCUUCCGCCUGGUAAGGAGUCUUCUUCCCAGAGAGGUUCAGCUCUGCCCAUGGAUUUGAACCUGUUCUUUCUCCCCCUUCUCUUUAUCUCAUCUCCCGAGUGUUUCUGAUUAUUUUCUUACUUUCUAUCUCUUUUUCUUUUUUUUCCUGUUCUCCAUCAGUAUGGCAGGGAGUGAAUUGUUCACAACCCUGCCCACCUCACACCAGCCUGCCGAAUUCUGGUCCUUCCCCUAUCUUGGCCCAAUAAAACUAUGGGGAAGAAAUUAUAGGAUGCCAAAAAUACAUGCUGAGCAGGGAGAGGCCACGCAGGUGCGUAGUGGCCCAGGCGGGGCGCUUCUUGGGAAGGGGAGGGUGCUGCUCCGAGGAGGGCACAGCAGGUUGUUUGGGGGGCUUACAAAAGCCAGAGGAGACUGCUGCUGGGCUCCCAGGGCACCACUGCUUGGCCGUGGCCUGGUACGUCCAGGGUCUUUCCAGACUUUUUCUUGGCGCCCAGGUGGGGGCCCAAGGAGAGGAUUGGCUGAGUUUCCCCAAGAGGGGCUGAGAGAAGAAAGAUGGGUUUGCACCUUAUGCCGUGUAAAUAUCGAGUGUCUAGUUUCAGAAGAUGAUACUGGUUAGUGUGGGGUUGGAGAUGUGGGGACAGGGAGGAUGUCAGUGAGCUAGCUGGCUGCCAUGCCCAAAGGAUUCCUCAGUGUUUUUAUCUUUGAGACAGUCUGACCUUGGGAAUAGCUUUAAAAGAGAGGUUCGUGCCUGAGACGAUCAAGUCCCCCAUUAGCCAAGAAACCCAGGCUGCGGUGCCACGCCUCUGGCCGUCCGUCCACACAGAGUGGGGUGGGAAGACACUAGAAGAGGUUCAGGACCUGCCGUGCCUCGUGGCCUUUCGUGAUUCUAGAUCCUCAGCGAGCCAGGAAGAGCCCCCCAGCCUCUGACCUCGGGUGGUGGUGACAUGUACAUACCGCGCUGCCCGCCACUGCAGUCAGAUGCCCUCGCCUGCAGACCGCUUCGGGGACACCAAGUGCCUUACUGACUAUCGCCUUACACUUCGCCGUGUCUGUUGACAGGUGCCUGUCUUUGCAAACGGAAAAGAUAUCUGUUUGACUUUUGAAUUGGUUUUAGUUUCUUGCCGCUGGCCAGCUCCUCCUUCUGCAGCAAGUCACCAGGCUGUUAUUGGUCAUUCCUCCGUGAUGCGUUUUCACCCUUGUACCGUGUACCUCAGCUUGCCUUCCCUCCUUUUCUCUUUCAGUAUUUCCUCUCAGACUGAUUUUUUUCCUUUUUAUCCUUUUAUUACUAUUAUUAUUAUCUUUUUUUUUUUUUUUUUGCUUUAAAACGAGUGUGAUACCAUAUCAAGUCAAUGUUAUUCUCACAAUGUACUCUAUAAGAGGUGUGUGGUUGUUUAUUUUGGUCGGGAUGUUAGCAAGUGCUGAAGUAGCGCGACUCAUGUGAGCAAAGGUUUGUAGGAAGGAGGGGAACAUGUGUUGGCGAUCGAAGGUGGUGACACGAUGUCAGCCGCCUCCGGGCGAGCUCUUCUCUGUUCAGUGUUAAAAGUGUUUUUGUUUUUGUUUUUGUUUUUUUAAAGAAAGAAAAGUAAUAACCUGUUCUGACUAGUUGAAAGAUGGAAUUGAAGAUGGAAUUGAAAACGGUUUGGGUUGCAAUUAGGUUAUGCUAUUUGGACAAUAAACUCACCUUGACCUA